CCUGGUUCGUCACGUCGAGACACAGCGGCUGGGCUGGCAACCAGCUGAAGGCUGCAACUGGUCUGAUCCAGCGCGUUUUUGUCCAUUCUUACACCACACCAUCACCGCUAUGCCUCGAUUCCUUCGCGGUUCACCCGCAGAAACUGUGCGCACGGCAGCUGGGCACAGGCUUAUGGACUGGGAGGGAUUUCUUACAAUCACACACAAGGAAGCGAAAGACCUGGUACAGGAAGAGCCGAGUACAAACUGGCGAAGACUGCCGGCCUCCAAAAAGCAGACUGUAUUUCGGCGGGUGAAUGCCAAACUUGCCGCCGAGGGGAUUCCUCAAGUCGAGGAAGACGUGCUCAUUUGGCGAAUGUCGCAGGCUAUCCGCGCUGCUAGGAAGGCUGUCAACAGAGAAGCCGAAACCGCAGUCUUGAACUCCAACACAGCGGCUGGUACUCGUCCCUUCGAUCCCGUGAGGGACUCACUUGCCAUGCAGUCUUCAAGGGUUCUUUGCCCUCAUUCAGGUGAUAGCUAGCAUUCGCGCCCUAUUACGUAUAUAAUCGGUGACACUCCCG